GAAUCACAAGAUGCUCCUCUUUUUGGCGAAGAUGACGAUAACAUCAGGCCGAAAAUGUCAAAAAUCCGACAUCCGCUGGCUUCAUUCUUCCACCUCUUCUUCCGAGCAAGUGCCAUCUUGGUCUACUUACUGAGCGACAUCGUCAGCGGUCGUUUCAUUGCCUGCAUGGUGACCAUCAUCCUCCUGCUGUCAUGUGACUUCUGGACCGUCAAGAAUGUUUCGGGCAGAUUGCUGGUGGGCCUUCGGUGGUGGAAUCAAGUGGAUGAAGAUGGAAAGAGUCACUGGGUGUUUGAGUCAAGGAAGACGCACAGUCUGAACACGACAUCCAGUGCAGAGUCACGGAUCUUCUGGCUCGGACUCGUCGUGUGCCCCGUCUUCUGGGUUAUUUUUGUCUUCAGUACCAUCUUCACUUUCAAGAUUAAAUGGCUGGCUGUAGUCAUCAUGGGCUUGGUUUUACAAUCGGCCAAUCUGUAUGGCUAUGUCAGAUGCAAGGUGGGUGGGGAGUCCAACCUCAAAAACAUGGCGAAGAACUACCUCGGUGUCCAGAUAUUUAAACAGGCAAUGAAGAAAGCAGAGGAGCCUUGAAGUUAACGCUGGAUGGACACAUUAUGUUUAUUUGCUUCCUGUUGCUCUUUUCUGAGCGUAUAUGGGUUUUGUAAUGUAAAGGUUUGGGUAAAACUUUUGUAUGUCCUGUUUCCUCAAAAUUCACUGACUUAAGUAUUCUAACCUUUCUGAUAACUUGAAUAAAAUACGAUGUAGUUGCUUUUGGGAAUACAUUUUAUACAGUUGUUUUGGCAAUGCAGGUAAUUGUAUUAUAUUUUCACUGAUGUGAGGUGGUCAAAACCUUGCUGGUAAACUUAAAGUUCACCACAAGACUGUCACAGUUGCCAAUAGGCCAAUGACAAUGUAUCUUACCCAGGAGUUAAAGAAGGUAAUGUUAAAAUGCCUGAUUCCUGAUGGGAUUUGAAUUAAGACAGUGCCCUAAAUUUAGGCCAGUUUUGUUGUAAAAAUGAAAGCACUAAAUGUGUUUUAGAUGCAGCUUGAGUUUGAGCCACUUCUGUGACAUUUAACAAUGCGGUCUGCAUAUGAAUGUACUGUAUACUGAUGUGAAAAGGGCAUUUGGAGAUAAUUUGGGGAAUAUAUUUAUGUGUUACCUUAUUGUGCCUACUGUUUAAACCUGGAUUGUGGACAUUAAAGUUAUACUACUGCUUUAUGUAUGUUGUUUAAAUCAAAAUCAGAAUGUUAUAAAUGACAUUGUAGGACGUGGUAGGGUUAAGUGCAAGUUUAUAAAGUUGAAAAUGUUUUUAUAGAAGUGCUACUUGGGUGUGGUUUUGUACAAAAACUGUUCCUUUACUCAGGACUUAUCUGGGAAAUUGUGUUUUGCAAAAAAAA